CCCGCCCACCCCCUCCCUCCUCUUCCCCUGCCGCCUCUCCUCCUCUCGGCCUGACGCGAGCGGCCGGACCCGGCGUCGGGGCCUCGGGGCAGGAGCUUGGGAGCCGUCCCCUGGCCGGCCCCGCCGGGGCCCGACCCCGCUCCCCCGGCGCGCCCCGGCCUCGGACUGCGGCGUUGCGCUGCCUGUCCCGCUGUCGCCCUGACGGCUCUGGGCCCAGGGCCCGUGGCUUCCUCCCUAGCCCUCUGCUCGGGGGCCCCGGAGCUUCUUUCUCUCCGCCGGCGGGCAGGUGUUGGGUAGGAGCAGGCGGCGAAGCGCUUGAAGGGAGCCGGGCUGUUUGACUGGGCCGCGGAGAGGCCCCGGGCGUAGUCGAGAUCCUGUUUGUUACAGCCGAUGUCCGAAGCCAAUGCUUUCUUCCUGGACCCCUCUUUCUCGCGGUGGCACAGUGCAAUGCUGUUGUGCAGUGCAAGCUGUCUGCUCUAGGGCCUAGAAAAUGAAACUAAAGGAAAUUGAGCGAGCAGCUGUCCAGGCAUGGAGUCCAGCAAACAACCACCCCAUUUAUCUAGCAACAGGAACAUCUGCCCAACAACUGGAUGCAUCCUUCAGUACAAAUGCCACCUUGGAAAUAUUCGAGGUUGACUUCAGGGAUCCCUCCCUGGACAUGAAGCAGAAAGGAACACUUCCUGCCUCCAGCAGGUUCCAUAAGCUGAUCUGGAGCAACUUUGGAAAUGGGUCUCCAGAGUCCUCUGGAGUGAUUGUUGGUGGAGGGGAUAAUGGUGUAUUGACGAUGUACAGUGUGCACCGCAUCUUGGCUUCAAAGAGUGAGCCUGUAGUUGGGCAGACAGAGAAGCACUCAGGGUCUGUUCGAGCUCUUGACUUCAACCCUUUCCAGAGUAACCUCUUGGCUUCUGGAGCCAAUGAUUCUGAAAUUUUCAUCUGGGACUUGAAUAACUUCAGUGUGCCUAUGACUCCAGGGGCUAAAUCCCAGCCUCAUGAAGAUGUCAGUGUGGUGUCCUGGAAUCGACAGGUGCAGCAUAUCCUAUCCUCUGCCCACCCCAGUGGCAAGGCUGUGGUUUGGGACCUCAGGAAGAAUGAGCCUAUCAUCAAAGUCAGUGACCACAGCAACAGAAUGCACUGCUCAGGAAUGGCCUGGCAUCCUGAAGUUGCAACCCAGCUGGUCCUUUCCUCUGAGGAUGACCGCUUGCCAGUGAUCCAAAUAUGGGACUUGCGUUUUGCUACCUCUCCUUUGAGCCAGAUGGAAGGGCACACGAGGGGAGUUCUCUCUGUCUCUUGGUGCCAGGCUGACCCCGAGCUGCUGUUGAGUAGUGCCAAAGACAACCGUAUCCUGUGCUGGAACCCAGGCGUGGGGGAGGUGGUUUACGAGCUGCCCGUUCGGAGUCAGUGGUGCUUCGAUGUCCAGUGGUGUCCUAGGAACCCUUCAGUCUUCUCUGCUGCCACUUUCGAUGGGUGGAUCAACGUUUACUCUGUUAUGGGUGGGAACUUAGAAGCUCAGCAGAAGACGCAAGCUGACAAGAUCUCUUCCUCCUUCAACAACCUGGAUCCCUUUGGCACAGGACAGAUCCUUCCUCCUCUGCAGGUGCCAGAGCAAGUAGCUCAGAUCACCUCGAUCCCACCAUUAAAAAAGCCACCCAAGUGGAUUCGCAGACCUGUGGGGGUUUCAUUUGCUUUUGGAGGAAAACUUAUUUCCUUUGGUCUUACCAAAGCUCCUCGACAGCAAGUGCAGCAGACUCACCCACACCAGGUAUUCAUCAGUCAAGUCACUACUGAAACUGAAUUCCUGCUCCGAUCCAGAGAGCUGCAGAUGGCCUUGCAGUCAGGGAACCUCCUUGAUUACUGCCAGGGCAAGAUCCAGACAGCCAAGCUGCCCUUUGAUGAGAGCCUUUGGAAAUUCUUGAAGGUGAAUCUGGAACAGGAGUCCAGGACUAAACUCCUUAAGCUGCUGGGCUACAGUAAAGAGGAUCUGCAAAAAAAGAUCACCUCAUGUUUGAGUAACGGGAUCCCAGAUAAACAGACCCUUCCUGAGGCAGAUGAGACAAAUGCUGCACAGUCCGAUCAGCCUUUGGUAAAUUUGAGUGACGAUGUAGCUGCUGUUUCCUCCUCUUCAGCCUUUUUUGAUAACCUCAUCCCACAGAAUAUGAGCACACUGGAGAUCCCUGUCACAGAAGAUAUGGAUGGACUCAUCAGCCAAGCCCUUUUGUUGGGGAAUUUUGAGGAUGCAGUGGAACUGUGCAUACAGGCAGAGUGCUUUGCUGAUGCCAUCAUCUUAGCUAUAGCUGGUGGGGAGAAACUUCUAAAGGAGACUCAGAAACGCUACUUUGCCAAGCGUAAGACGAAACUGUCCCUGCUGCUUUCCUCUAUUGUGCAGCAGAACUGGAAAGAUAUUGUGUGCACAAGUGAUCUACGGAGCUGGAAGGAAGCACUGGCCAUCUUGUUAACAUACUCAAAGCAUGAGGACUAUACCCAGCUCUGUGACAUGCUGGGUGCCCGCCUGGAGUCGGAGGGAGGUGCAGCCCUGUCCAGUGACGCCUGCCUCUGCUAUAUCUCGUCAGGCAAUGUGGAGAGGUUGGUGGAAUGCUGGGUAAAAAACCAUGAGACUUCAUCACCCCUGGCCCUGCAGGAUCUCAUAGAGAAGGUGAUGGUGCUGAGCAGGUCCAUUGAGAUGCUCCGAGGCACAACAGGACAAGCGCCAGGCCCGGUCUUGGCAGAACGAAUCACCCAAUAUGCCAGUCUCCUGGCAUCACAAGGGUGCUUGGCAGCUGCAAUGAAUUACCUGCCCAGCAGCUCUAAAGAGCUCCCGAUUGAACAGCUCAGAGACCGACUUUUCCAUGCUCAAGGAGAGAAUGUGGGUCAUCAGCAGCCACCUCCCUUUCCCUACACUCGUGUAAAUGUAGGUGUCAUCAAACACACAUCUCCAGCAGCCAAGGGUAGUUCUGUGCCUGAAGAAGCAGCCCACAAAGCAGAUCCCAGGCAUCCCGAUAAGCCCAACUAUCCAUCAUCACUUGCCCCUUCAGAACCGUCUCAGCCUUCAGUGCCUUCUCUCUUCACGCCUCAGCCAGUGCCAGUGAUGUCUCUGACACCUCAGCAUGUUGCCCCUCCGCAGCCCAGCACGGGUCCACAGACGAGUGUCUAUUCCAGAGGGCCCCCGUACCCACAGUACAACUUGGGCUUGUUUCCAGCAACUGUUCCAGGGCCAGCUGUAUCACAGACUCAGCCAUUCAGACCAGCAGGAGUCAGACCUAUUAGUCCUGCUCACUUCCCCAGCCAGCCUUCUCUGACUGGACAGUCCAUGCCUGUGACAGCUCCUGGAGUUCCACCACCUGGACCUGCCCUCUUCACUCCAUCCUCAGUCCCAUCUUCUCAGCAUCCCACAGCUUGUCCUCUGCCUGUGGCAAGCCAGUCUCCUCUAGGUUACUCUUCAGCACCUUUCAACUCCCCCAUGAAUGUGGGUUACCCUCAGGGAGGUCCUGGAGCUCCAUCUACCAAGCCACUGCCAACAGCCAGCAUUCCUCCUCCUCCCAUAGCUCAGGAACCAUGGACUGAUUCCUCUGCUACAGGAGGAGGCCUUCAGAAGAAAAAGAUGCCUGAGAAAUUUACUCCUCCAGCCCCCAUCACAGCUCCAGUAAUGAGCCUGCCCACUGAGCCCCAAGGGGUCCAUCCUCAGCUGUCCAGGUUGCAAGAAUCUGGCCAGUCACCCCCAGGAGCACCCAAGGAGGGCAGCCCACAGUAUCACCAGCUACCUGUGGAGAGGGUUGAGAGGAAGGAGGUGCCCCCUGAGCACCAGGCCCUGAAGGCCACGUUUGAAGGGCUGGUGCAACGCUGCUCUGCUGUCGCCACUGACCCAAAAACACGAAGGAAGCUGGAGGACACGCUGCAGCGUCUGGAGUGUUUGUAUGAGAAGCUCCGUGAGCAGGUGCUCUCUCCAGCCAUCCUCAUGGGUCUUCAUGAAAUUGCCCGCUGCAUUGAGGCCAGGAACUACCAACAGGGACUCCUGGUUCACACCCAAGUGGUGAGCAGCAGCAGUUUCAGUGAGGUGUCUGGAUUCAUGCCCAUCCUGAAAGUCCUCAUGACCAUUGCUGGCAAGCUGAACGUGUAAAGUGUGGAGCAGCUGGAGCAGUGCGCAGUGAUUGCUGAUGGACUUCCUCACCUGGUGAUGUGCUGGUUGUGGAUUCUCCUUCUGACUCUGGAGAAAUAAAUCUGUGCUGGUGCCCAGACCUGUGCUGGGCCAGCAUGCCUGGCCCUGUCUCCUCUCCAGACAGUCCCCUGGUGCCCGAGACCCCUUGAGACUGUUCUUUCUCUCCUUUCUUACUAGUCUGGGGGCACUUCCCAGCACAGGGAUCUCAUUUUCAGGUUGUCCAGAUUGCACGAGAUCCUCCCUCUUCCCUGAAUCCCCAGCACAAAGGGAAAACUCCUUCCCUCCCAGGAGACAAACGAGGCUGGCACCUGCAGAGCCACAAGACAGAAAAGCCUCUGGCUCUAUUCCCUGCUGCAGUGUACGCUGCCUGAGUGGUAGGUGGGCUCCCUGGGGACCUAAGAAGGAGUGUCCCAUCUCUGUUGGACUUCAGUGUGGAUCUGUGCUCUGGUUCCUUCUUUCUCUUCAUCCUUAUCCUUGACUCACCUUCUCACCCCUCUGUACUGGUAUCUUGCUACAACUAGGGCUAACUGCCAGCCUGCUCUGGGCUGGCUUUAGUUCUCUCUCUUUCAUGCAAGUCUCUCUUUUCAUAGUCAAGACUCCUGCUUACUCUCUCUUCCCCCCACCUUUAUAUCUUUUUUUUCUUCCUGUCAGCUGAGCCUUUGUGUUGCAGACUCAGAGCUGAUUCCUCUUUCCAGCUCCCGGGACUCCCCUAUUCAGGAAUGUUAGCAGGUUGGAUUGCUUUGUGCCCUCCUCCCCAGAGCCAGUCACAUCCUGGGUUUGAGCUUUAAGCCACCCUCUCUGUUUCCUUGCCUUUUUCCACUUCCUUUAUGUUAGCACCAGUUGGCCUUUUGCCCACCGGUGUUACCUGUAGACUUUCAAAGCUGGGCUUUUCAGACAGUCUGGAGGCUUAAAGAGCAGCAGAGAUUGUUCGUAAAGAAUCCCCUCGAGCUGCUCUGACCAGCCCAGACUUGAGCAGGGGGAGGCAGCUCAUUGCUCCAAGUGGUGCGAUCACUCUGCCUACUGCAACAGUUAGAUGCAGAGGUGUUCUCAAAGGCCCCUUGGUGCUGUGGCGGUAGGCAGAUGCUGCAGGAGGUAACACUGUAAGGUCUCUCUGCUGAAGCUUUUCAUCACUGUGGCUUUUCCUCUGGGGUAAAGUAGAUGAAUGAAGCAUAUCUGUCCUGGGUAAGAAGUCUGGGAAAGCAGAUGGGAUUUGAGGGCACAUCUUAGUCUGUGUGUCUUAACCUGUCUUCUUCCCUCCUUGCCUUCCUCUCUCUCACCCUCUUUCAUGCUAACCAGGCAGCGUGAUUGUUGGGCCUUAGCUGGGAGCAAGGCUUUUUCCCAACGUCUGCAGUCAGCCCCUGCUUCCUCUGCUUGCUGCUUGAGUGAGAGUGCCAUCGUGGGCCUGUGGUGCAGUGACUUACCCAAAUCAGCCUGCUCUGCCACGAGACUUAAGAGGGAGGAGAAUUAGAGAAGGGAGGGAGAGAACAGGUCUCAUUCUCUCCUUUCCAGGUCAAAGUGCCUCCUUGUUACUGCUGUGCUGUUUCUAUUGCUGCGGUUUGAUGCACUGAGAGAUUACAGAACAGUGAAAUAAAA